CUAAUAUUUUUUUUUUUAGAAAUGUGUCAAACAAAUAAUAAGUAUCAUUUUCAUUUGUUUCCCUGAUUACACUGAUGGCAUGUGUGUUUUGGAAAAACAUGGGCUGGAAAAAAACAUAUGUAAACCGAAUGUGAUGAACAAGGCUUGCUAUUGUUCUCUGCCAUGACGAGCUCAGUGGGGUUGUGUCUGAUGCCACAAAAUUUGUCUUUGGCUGAUGUUAAUUUUUCAGUGUGUGAAUUACAAACUCGCCUCCAUAGAGCUGUCUUCAUCCUUUAUCAAUUGAAAAUGGGGAGAGUUCAAGAUAUGACAGUUCAUGUCCUGCUUCUGAUUAUAAUCUAUGGCAUGGGUGGUCCAGAAAUGUGCAAUGGAUGCCCAUCUCAAUGGGAUAAAAUUUUGCCUAAGAUAUCCGAUACAUCGAAUAAGCAGACAAAUACAGAGCCCCCAAUGACAAAGAAUCCAUGUAACAUGAAUAAAGAUACAAAGAGUCCACAUUACGUGAAUGAGUUCACUAGGUGUCUGAAGGCAAUCCUAAAUAAGCUUAUAGAAACUGACUUUUGUGGGCCAUCUAAAGAUUACAAUUUUGAGCAGUUUUCCAUGAGAGUGGUUAAGAUCAAAUUAACUGACAUGGCAAAGGGUGUUGUGCCAAUCACUGCUCCAAAGGUAAAUAGUUCUACUCAGACAGCACAAAUAUGGAUUCCAGAGGAGGCUUUUCAAAAUGUCUCAGAGGACCAGCAUAAAGUUGGUGUAGUCACCUAUGAAUCUGACGAACAGUUUAAACUUGGACUGGGAAAUUCAAGUAUUGCCUCAAACGUCAUACGGAUUGAAAUUCCUGGACGUGAAUUUGUGAAUUUGACCAGAUCACUCAAAAUACUUUUCCCGGUGAAUAAUUACACAAACUACACUGGAAACUACAACUAUUCCUGUCAGUUCUAUGAUGAAACAGUAACAGGAAACUACACCUGGAAAACUGAUGGGUGUACCACCAUUCGGACCAAUAAUAAUUUAGUGGAGUGCUUGUGUGACCAUAUGACUGCCUUUGCUGUGCUUCUGAUUGAGAUGAAGGAUGUUGACAAAAACAACUGGGAAAUAUUGUCAUACAUCAGCUACAUAGGCAGCAGUCUGUCUGCAUUCUUUUCUGCUUGUGCCAUCUUGUCCUAUAUUGUCAACAGUAAUACAAGGAUAGAAGUGUCGAGCAGCAUCCAUGUGUCUCUGAGUGGCGCUCUGUUGCUCCUCAACAUCAGCUUCAUGCUCAGCGAGUGGGCUGCCACACUGACAAAUGGGGUGUGUGUGUUUGUUGCCGUGGUGAUACACUACAGUCUGCUGUGCUGUUUCAGCUGGAUGGCCAUUGAAGCGUUGCACCUCUACCUUCUUCUGGCCAGAGUGUUCAACAUUUACAUCAAACACUACAUGCUUAAGCUGUCCCUGAUUGGAUGGGGAAUCCCUGCUCUUCUUGUUGGAGGUCUGCUAACAGUUCAUGAUAGUCAUCAUUUUUAUGGCACCAAAGAAGUUAAAUUAUUAGACACCAAUACAACAAAAUUUUGCUGGAUCACAGAGCCUGUCGUCCUCUAUGGAGUGAAUCUUUGCUACUUCAGCCUUGUGUUUCUGUUCAACUCACUAAUCCUAGUCACUGUGUCAAGAGAGAUCCUAAAGCUAAAGCACUUGGACAACAAGCAAAAGAAGAGAGCAGUUUGCAAGGAUGCCAGCACAGUGUUGGGCCUCAUGUGUCUGCUGGGUACAUCAUGGGGUUUGGUCUUCUUCAGCACUGGAUACACCAACUACCCAAUUCUUUACCUCUUCUGCAUCUUAAACACAAUGCAAGGCUUUUCUAUCUUUUUGUGGAUAUGUCGGACAGCGAGACCAGACAAACAGCAAGUAACUCGUACCGAGUCUCUAUCCACGGUGGACACCUCCACCACUGACAAAUAUAAAAAAGAUCAUAAACCUUAAAUACAUUUGACAAAAUGACAAGUUGCAAUGUUUGAUCCAGUUACAAUUAACCAUGGCUUUACUAUAGUAAUAUUGUAGUAGCUUUUUUUUGGUGGAAAGCAAAGUUUUAAUGCAAAUAACCAUGGUGUUAUUACAGUAAUAUGGUGUUAAUAUAAUAACCAUGUUUAAUUUUGUGGUUACUAUGAUUUUAAUACAAAAUACCAUGUUGAUACUAUGGUUUCUUUAGUAAAACCAUGGUUAAUUUUUGUAAGAGAUGGUUAGUGUUAGGUUUAGGUUUAGGUGUCGGUGUAGAGUGUCUGUAACACAAUAAACACGGUGCAGUGAUGCUCCUAUACUGUAUGUUAUUAGGCUAUUUAAUUAGGGGUGUUUGUGGCAGACAAGCUUCUCGUUCAUCGGGAAAGGAGGAAGCAGGAACCGGCCUAACAAUCAAAAAGACUUUAAUUCAGCAUAAAACACUGAACCGAAACUUAACAAAAGCGCGCACACAAAACACUGCUGCAUGCAUCUCUCUCUCUCUCUCUCUCUCUCUCACACACUAAUUAGGCAACUCAGCGCCAAGCGUGAAUCCUCUCUGCCCAGCCACACCCUCCUCCUCGUCACAGGGUGCAAGUAGUAUCUGGCUAUAUUUGCACCAGAGUGUGUGAGUAGCAUCUAUCAGUGCAAAUAGUAGCCUCUGCCUAAAAUAAAAUACAAUAAAACAAAAAAACACAUCCUUACAAAUUUAGAGUUUCACGGUUUUUCGUUUUUAAGAAAAUCAAUUUGUAAGUGAUUUGUAUAUACAGAAUUGUG